ACAAAGCAUAAUCAAAAACAACAAGUAAUUUUAUAAAAAAACAGACGCGCUUCAUCAAUCGAACAAAAGCAUCUCAAAAGAUAGCUACACAAACCGCAUAAAGUGAAAAAUAAAACAAAAAGAACUUAAAGUGCAUUAAUUUAAUAAACAAAGACACAUAUUUAUAUUAUUAAAGUAAAAAAGUGUUUAAUUAAAAAAAUGGCUGCAGCAUCUGAAGAUCAGGUGGGAGCAUUUGUAGAACGCUCUACUAAUACUGAUGAUAUCACUGAUGCAUUUGGUUCACUGGGCUCCGCAAAUAAUGCCUCCACCACCUAUUAUGCCAGUGGCGGUUCAUCGAAUCAUCACCAACAACAAGGAGCAAUAGCCCAGCUGGCAAACAAAUCGUAUAAUACAUCGUCGAGCAAUUACACUGCAGUAAUGCCUACCGAUCGUCAUGCUGUCGAAUACAAUAUGCGUCAUAAGAAUCGUGGUCUGGCAUUGAUUUUUAAUCAUGAACAUUUUAUGGUGCCAACACUGAAAUCACGUUCAGGCACCAAUGUUGACUGUGAUAAUUUAGCACGUUGCCUCAAACAGCUAGAAUUCGAUGUUAAAAUACAUAAGGAUUAUACCUAUGGUGAAAUUAAACGGCAAAUCGAAUGGGCUGCUAAUCAAGAUCACAGCAAUAGUGAUUGUAUAUUGGUAGCCAUUUUGUCGCAUGGUGAAAUGGGUUUCAUUUAUGCCAAAGAUACGCAAUACAAACUGGACAGUAUAUGGAAUUAUUUCACCGCUCAACAUUGCCGCUCUUUGGCCGGUAAACCCAAGCUAUUCUUUAUUCAAGCUUGCCAAGGUGAUCGUUUGGAUCCUGGUGUAACCAUGAAACGAGCUGUUACCCAAACUGAUGGUGACUCAUCGAUGAGCUAUAAAAUACCAGUGCAUGCCGAUUUUCUCAUUGCCUAUUCUACCAUACCAGGAUUUUAUUCCUGGCGCAAUACUACCCGUGGUUCCUGGUUUAUGCAAUCAUUGUGUGCUGAAUUGGCAGCCAAUGGCAAACGUUAUGAUAUAUUGACCUUAUUGACUUUUGUCUGCCAGCGUGUUGCCGUCGAUUUCGAAUCCUGUACUCCUGAUACGCCAGAGAUGCAUCAGCAGAAACAAAUACCUUGCAUUACCACCAUGUUAACGCGUAUUUUACGUUUUCAUGAUAAAAACUCUAUAGCUCCAGCUGGCCGAGUGUAAUUACAUUAACAAAAGGUCGUGCUAAUUUUUCUUUUGUUUAUUUCGGGGGUGAGUUUUAAGUAUAAGGGAGCAAUAAGAGAGAAUGUGAUAACUUAGUAAUGGAAGAAACAACGAAAAUCUAUGAAUCAAAAUAAAAAAAGGGAAAUUACCCUUAUAAAUAAAAAGAUGAGUCAUUGAUAAAAACAGGAAAACGAAUUGUGAAAUUCGUUUUUUUUUUGGUUCUAUGCAAUUUUUUUAUUUGCAUCUUUUACUGCAUUAUCAGUAAAAGUACAGGCAGUAUAUCACAAGCUUAUAAUACUGCAAAUUACAUAUUAAUUUUUGAAUUAAUAACACUUUUUUAAGAAAAAACUGUUAAAUAUCUUGAAACGUUUUAGACAAACUUAUGAAUUUAUUUUAACAUUCAAAAAUUAUUUAAAAUUCUAUGGGAUGUUUAACAGAUUGAAUUCAAACAAAUUUUAACUAUUCGAAUAGAAUUUAACUUUCUAUAGAAAUCAAUUCAUUAAGGAAUUACUUAAAUUGUCUGGGAAUUGAAUCUUUGAUGAAUUAAAAAUACAUACAAAUGUUUAAACCAGAGACAACAUUAUACAUAGUUGCAAAAGGAUUAAGAAACUGCCCUUAAAAUUCCUCCGUCACACCAGGAUUUCUUAAUAGGUUUAAUUUCAGUUAUAUUAUAUUCUUACUUCUUGAAACAACUAUUGAUUGAAAAAACACUACUAAAUAGUUUAAAAAUUUCUUGCUGAGGUAUCAUCCAUUGAAGUACAUAUUAAGCCUUUAAAUACACAAAUAUGUAAUUUUUUGAAAUUUAUAAUUUACCCAAAUAUGGCCAAAGGUUUAGUUCUAGUUCAGUUCUA